UGAUGAUAAUACAAUUAUUUAUAUCACAAUUCGAUUCAUUUCACACAUGGGGCUGCUCCUGCGGUUGUACGCAGCCAUGGCGGCACUGCACGUAGUCGCGGCCUUCAUAACGUCGGUUCCUGCAUCCACGCGAUACUGCUUCAACGAAGAAGUCAAGACAAAGCGUACCGCCCAACUUCGCAUCGCCGUCCUCGAGAGCUACGAUCCGUCCGACUAUGGCAUUCGGGUCACGGCGUUCGGCCCAUUCCUGUCGUCGCCGUCCGAGUCCCAGGCAGACAUGAACUUCUUCGACACCAUUGUCAACACUCCGCCAAAGCUGAGCUCCACCGGCGCCCAAACCCCGUCGUCCGGCAACUCGUUCAGCUUCAACUCGGAGCACCGCGGCGGGUGGUACAAAUUUUGCGUGGAGAACACGCACACGUCGUUUCAGAAGAAGGUGUUGUUCCACACGUCAUAUGGCCUCACGACGGAAGGCGAAUGGGGCAAGGAGGACGAAGUCGAGGCCGAGAUGAAGCAGAUGCACAUCAAGGUUGUAGGGCAAACGCUGUCCAACCUGGGGCUGCUCUUCGACCAGAUUAAGUUUGAGCAAACGUACUUGGCCGAGCGAAACAACCGCCACUUUGAAACGCUCGACAGCAACUCGUCUCGCUUGUUCUACUGGACUCUGCUGCAAGUACUCCUUGUUGCCGUGGUCUACGGCACGCAAAGCUAUUUCCUCAAGCUAUGGUUCAGCUCCAACGGCCUCAUUGGAACCACCGACCGCCGAUGGGCGUAGCGCUGUCGAGUCAAAGGCAACAGCACCUUACUGUAACCGUACCCACCAAGCAGUAACAUUAAUCGUGAAGUGAUGGGUGCUGUAUUCUGAUCGGUGGACUCUUAGUCACUUGUGUGGGCAGCAAUAUAAAAUGAAGAUACAUCGUGAGGAUAACGUUAUUAGAGCAUCUUUUCAACGGUAAUUUCUUAAAGUAUAGGUUAAAGUCAAA